CUGGCCCCGCCUCUUCCUCUCGGUCCCAUAUUGAACUCGAGUUGGAAGAGGCGAGUCCGGUCUCAAAAUGGAGGUAAAACCGCCGCCCGGUCGCCCCCAGCCCGACUCCGGCCGUCGCCGCCGCCGCCGGGGGGAGGAGGGCCAUGAUCCAAAGGAACCAGAGCAGUUGAGAAAACUGUUUAUCGGAGGUUUGAGUUUUGAAACUACAGAUGAUAGUUUGAGAGAACAUUUUGAGAAAUGGGGCACACUUACAGAUUGUGUGGUGAUGAGAGACCCCCAGACAAAACGCUCCAGAGGCUUUGGUUUUGUGACUUACUCAUGUGUUGAAGAGGUGGAUGCAGCAAUGUGUGCUCGACCACAUAAGGUUGAUGGACGAGUAGUGGAACCAAAGAGAGCUGUUUCUAGAGAGGAUUCUGUAAAGCCUGGUGCCCAUCUAACAGUGAAGAAAAUUUUUGUUGGUGGUAUUAAAGAAGAUACAGAGGAAUAUAACUUGAGAGACUACUUUGAAAAGUAUGGCAAAAUUGAAACCAUAGAAGUUAUGGAGGACAGGCAGAGUGGAAAAAAGAGAGGAUUUGCUUUUGUAACUUUUGAUGAUCAUGAUACAGUUGAUAAAAUUGUUGUUCAGAAAUACCACACUAUUAAUGGGCACAAUUGUGAAGUAAAAAAGGCCCUUUCUAAACAAGAAAUGCAGUCUGCUGGAUCUCAAAGAGGUCGUGGAGGUGGCUCUGGCAACUUUAUGGGUCGUGGAGGCAAUUUUGGAGGUGGUGGAGGAAACUUUGGCCGUGGUGGAAACUUUGGUGGAAGAGGAGGCUAUGGUGGUGGAGGUGGUGGCAGCAGAGGUAGUUAUGGAGGUGGUGAUGGUGGAUAUAAUGGAUUUGGUGGUGAUGGUGGCAACUAUGGCGGAGGUCCUGGUUAUAGUAGUAGAGGAGGCUAUGGUGGUGGAGGACCAGGAUACGGAAACCAAGGAGGUGGAUAUGGUGGAGGUGGUGGAGGAUAUGAUGGUUACAAUGAAGGAGGAAAUUUUGGUGGUGGUAACUAUGGUGGCGGCGGCAACUAUAAUGAUUUUGGAAAUUACAGUGGACAACAGCAAUCAAAUUAUGGACCCAUGAAAGGGGGCAGUUUUGGUGGCAGAAGCUCGGGCAGUCCAUAUGGUGGUGGUUAUGGAUCUGGUGGUGGAAGUGGUGGCUAUGGUAGCAGAAGGUUCUAAACUCAACAGCAAAGGGUAGGUAUCUUUAAAUUUUUGUGAUGAUGAUAAAGAAUAUGUGAAACUGUUCACUGAGUGUAAUAAUUUUUUUAUCCUGUAUUAUUCAACAGGCUACAGUUCUUAGCAGGAGAGAGAGCGAGGAGUUGUCAGGAAAGCUGCAGGUUACUUUGAGACAGUCGUCCCAAAUCCAUUAGAGGAACUGUAAAAAUCUGCCACAGAAGGAGCGAUGAUCCAUAGUCAGAAAAGUUACUGCAGCUUAAACAGGAAACCCUUCUUGUUCAGGACUGUCAUAGCCACAGUUUGCAAAAGUGCAGCUAUUGAUUAAUGCAAUGUAGUGUCAAUUAGAUGUACAUUCCUGAGGUCUUUUAUCUGUUGUAGCUUUGUCUUUUUCUUUUCAUUACAUCAGGUAUAUUGCCCUGUAAAUUGUGGUAGUGGUACCAGGAAUAAAAAAUUAAGGAAUUUUUAACUUUUCAAUAUUUGUGUAGUUCAGUUUUUCUACAUUUUAGUACAGAAACUUUAACAAAAUGCAGUUUUGGAGGUGUUUCCUUGUAAGUUAACAAGUAAAGAAGAUCAUUGUUAAUUAAUAUUUUGUAUGAAUUUUGCUAAAGUUAACUGUAAAGAAACACCUGCUGACUUGCAGUUUAAGGGGAUUCUAUUCUCCCAUUUCCAAACAAUGAAAUGAAUGGGCGCUGACAUGUGGAGAGAAUAGAUAUUUGUAUGUUUGCAAAUGUGUGUUUUAGAUAAAUAGAAUUGGGUAUAUAAAUUAGCAUAUUUGUGAAUUUAAUAGCAUUAAUAUUUUACUUCAAAUGAAAAAAUCUCAAAA